AAAACCAAAGAUCCCUUCUUCUCUAUUAACUCUCUCUCCCUCUCUCUCCCCCUACUCUCUCAAAAAUCACCCAAAAAUAAAAGAAAUAUAAAAAAAAAGGAAGAAAAAGAACAAAAAAAGGCUCUCUCUCACUCACCCUACGAAGUACAAAAUGGAAAUGGAGGCAAGCCCACGGGUUGUAGCCAAAAAACUGUGGAACAUUGUACGGAUAGUUUUCUUAAAGACGGGGAUAUCAAAGAGCAAAAUAAUGGUUGAUCUCCAUUUUAUGCUCAAGAAGGGCAAACAUAAUGCAGGCAAAGCCAUAAGCAACCUCGUCUUCCACCACAAAGUCCACGACCAUUUGUCUUCCUUGAGUUGCCGCUCCAACGAUGCUCAUCUCUCCUUCAUUUCCCCAAGAGAAUACGAGUUUAGCUGCAGCAACAGCCCCGCUUUUUACCCUUUUUAUGCCCACAAGCGUAAGCACCACCACCACUAUAAUUACUACAACAACCGCCACCAUUUUGGCAAGUCAUCGAAUUACCAUUACGAAGAUGUGACGACGGUUGCGGCGGUGCAAAAGGUUCUCGAGAUGUUGAACAAUGAGGCGGCGGCCGUAGAGGCGUCACCCAUGGUUUUGCCAGGGUUUGGAAGGAGCCCAAUGGUGAGGCAACUGCGAGUGACGGACUCGCCUUUCCCGUUGAAGGACGAGGGAGAUAGCCAGGUGGAUAAGGCGGCUGAGGAGUUCAUUAAGAAGUUUUACAAGGACCUUAAGUCACAGAAAAGAUUGUCUGCCUUUGAGUCACCCGCUCAUAACACAUGGGGUCGAUGAUGACAGAAAUCUCGUUUGUAUACUUCAAUUCCAUGCUUCCCAGGAGAAGAUUAUCACACCUUCAAAAGCAAAACCAAGCUAAACCAAAGUCACAUGAUUUGCAUAUAUGACCAUAAUACUUUAAUUUUGCUAUCAUGUGAGAAUUUUUGAUCUGACAAAGUUUGGUUAAUUGGGUGUUACAGUGUAGUUUGCUUUUUCUUCUGAUUAGGAAAUCUUUUAAGAUAUUCAUAUUUGUAACUUUUUGGAUUCAGUGUUUUUACUUUUCUUUUUCAUUUACCGAUGUCAAUAAUCUUGAUACAGAAAUAAAAAAGAGAAAAAAAUUAUAUAUAAA